AGGUCUUUGGAGGAGGAUGAAGACUGGGUACGUGGCAAGGAAGAGGCUGCCAAUUUAUCUUCUACCAUUAAUGAAAUACUAGCCAAUUAUGACCCUAAACUCCGCCCUAAUGCCGGAGGUAAGCUGCUUAAGAAAUCACAAAUGCAUCUAACUGCAAUCAAAUCAGCUACGGCACAAAUCGCUAACGUUAGCGUUUAUAUUCAUAAUACCAGAAUUCCUUGAUUUUCCAUUCCUUUACCAAACCAUAGAAUUCACAAAUGCAUUUCUACCGUCUGUCAAUGUUUGGACAUCGACUCUGAGCUAUUGUUUAACUAAUACUCUCGGGUAGAAAACAGGAAGGCUUUUCUGCUUAAAGCAUCCCUAUCCCCACAUAUUCUCAACCACCUUCACUUAAUUUACCCAUUGUUCCCUGAGGGUGCAAUUCGUAUAACUGAUUCUUUCUUUGGUUUACUUUUCAAUAGGUGAACCUGUUGAAAUCACCGUGGAGAUCAAAGUUGUUUCCUUUGGAGAGCUGAACGAGGCAAACAUGGUACUAAAGAUGUUAUAUUUAUUUCUUUGGUGUGAGGCUCUCAACUAUCUGUUGAGUGCUGUCUUCCAUGGCAAGUCCCGAGGGAUUGCACUUUAUAGCAUGCAGUAGCCUACCUCAGUUGUUUUACUGAGAUAGUUUUUGAGUGACAACGAAGAGUGAAGAUAAGUGAAUAGUAAUUCAAUCAACCGACGCUGAGUCAUCUAAAUUAAAAAUCUAUCAACUCACACCUUAUGGAGAUUCUACAAUGAAGAUUGAAGAUCGUUGUUAAUCGGGAGAAGACAUACAACUAGGCGUAGAGAAUAUUCCCCAGGGUGCUACUACUCCAGUAUAGCAGUGACAACUGAGCCCAUGCAAAGAUGUUUCUAUUAAUAAUCAUAGUCACCUUUCCUUGACAAACCCAAUGUUCACGCAAUCACUAGCGACAACUGAUAGCUACAUCAUUGCUAUAGUAGUAAACCAAUUUUACUUGGACUUCUGAUUAUCUUUCAUUUCUUUAAAAACCAGGAUUAUUCGAUGGACAUUUUCUUCCGCCAGUGGUGGUACGAUCCAAGGUUCAGGCAUAAUUCUAGUACACCAUUUAACAUGGCAGGAGAUCCUUCCAAGCUUUUCUGGACUCCGGACACAUAUUUCUUUAAUGUAAAAAGAAUAAAGUACCAUUAUGUCACUCGCGAGAACAUGCGAGUUAUGAUUUACUCCACAGGGAAAAUAUACUUCAGCGCAAGGUAAUGCAAAUGUUUUUCGUCCGUAAACGUGAACCUUAGAAGCUAUAUGAUAUUCACGAGAAUAAUGAUGGGCAGGCUUAAAUUUUGGCGAAUAAAAUUCAACUGGUGGAAGCGAAGGAGUAAUUUAGUCUGGUACUUCUAAUUUCAGGAAAUAUUUUGAAUAAUUAUUGAAUUUUUGAAGAGUAAAGUGGGGUAAAUUGUCAUAACAGCCACAAUACAACAUACUGAAUAUUUAUUUAAGGGGACAUUUCUUCCGCUCCAGUACGUACCUCACGGAGGCCAAAGGCGAUAUGUUCUUAGAAAUUAUUUCGAGCCUUCAGAUGAAAUGUUCUAUUACCCAAAGCAACUAAAAUGACAAACAAAAUAUUCUCAAUAUCUUUUGGUGAUAUCUGUUUCCAUUUUCUUUGCAGAAUAACCUUGACGGCGCAAUGUGACAUGGACUUCCGACUUUACCCAAUGGAUACCCAACACUGUCCUCUGAUCAUUGAAAGCUGUGAGUACGUCUGUUACUCGAUAUCAAAGUUGGAGUGGUCUGAUCUUGUUUUGCAAACAUUACAAAGAUUAUUUAAGUAUUACUUCAAUUUUUUUUCAGUCAAACUGAGAAAUGAAUAAAAAGCAGAAGAAUGCCCUAUUCUUUCUGAAAUUUACUUCUUUAGAGAAUAUUCACUUCGAUUUCGGAGAAGUAACAUCGUUUUGAGAACUCAGCAUAAUUUUACAGCCAGGCUUCCAACAAGCCCUCUUCACCGCAAUGUUUUUAGGGUGAAUCCUAUCGAGAGAUUGGAGGUUUGAAGUCCAAAUAUUUACCGAGGACUCCCUCUUACGUUUUUUAAAAUUUUAAUUAUCUUUCUCCAGUUUCUCUUUGCUUAACCAAUCACACUCUAGAAAUGAUACAAUUUGCAAUGCUGGAGAAGGUAAUGAGUAUGCCUCAUCGUUUGGCUGAUUUACUUAUCAUUUUAGAUGCUCAUACUACUGAUGACGUGGAUUAUAAAUGGAGAAAAACUGACGCAAACAAAGGAAAAGGGAUCGAAAUUGUUUCCCAAGAGAUGGCUCAGUUUGAGUUGGCUGGCAUAGACACGAAACUAAGAGACACAAAGAACAGCAAAGGUAUCAAGCUGAUGAAUUUUUAUUUAAGUUCCUGACCUUUCUUUCGGAUGAAUUUCCUCGAAUUGACGAGGUGGUGUGACGUAACAAUGGCGGAUCACAAGAGACUCGUAGAUCCCCCUCUGAACAGCUAUGAAAACAAAAUCACGGUGAUCCCUCGUUUGCAUUUGAAAUCAUUGAUUUUGAAUGCGUAAUUCUUACUACAUCGUGUGGUAUUUUUUCCAUUUUGACAUGCAGGUUCGUUCGCCGGUCUGAGCGUUAUAUUCUCGUUCAAACGCCGUCUGGAAUAUUUCGUUUCUUCGGUUUUCUCUCCAGGAGUGACUCUUGUCAUGCUCUCAUGGUGCUGUUUCUGGAUUUCCCGUGAUGCUGUUCCCGCACGUGCGUCACUGGGUAUCACAAUAAUUCUUACAGCCAUCGUGCUUUGCGGCUCAGUGAACGAAGCCAUGCCACCAGUCAGUUACAGUAAGGCUCAAGACUAUUUCUUACUAGUCAGCUUUGGGUUCAUUUUCCUUUCAUUUCUGGAGUUUGUGAUUGUAUUGAACACUGAUCCUGACCCUAAAUGGCUGCAAUGUCUCUUGGCGUGCGUGAGAUUACGACCCAAAAAGGUAAUAUCACCAAAUUUUUAUAUCAACUCAACCAGUUUUCUUGCUCUUAAUCAUGUACUUUAUCAAUUUGCAUUCAUUUCUGGAAGUGUUCUUUUUUUACCGGCGAACUAUAUAAAAUUUAUGUUUUUGUUUACCACAAUACCUUAUAUUUGUUAACAAAUAGAGAGGAAAACAGCCACUAAAACUUAUGGAUGCCGUACACGAGAAAGAGGUAAAAAUCUUUAUUAGCUUCUUGUUCUGACUGGUAUCUUUGAGGUAUGCAUUAGUCUGUAGUUUCUUAGCCACUGGCGCUGCAGCCUUAUUCUAAUCGAUCUCUUCUCAUAGUAAGAUUGGAAACAAAUGCAUAAUAACCUGCAUCUCCACUAGUCAGACUCAGUCGAGCAUCACCUUUUGGUAAAAAUAUAUCUGUAUAUAUAUCUUAUGUUGUGAUAUUUCCUUUGUAUUUUCGUGCCUCACUAACCUCAAAGGUAAGUUAACUUAUCAGUCAAUCUCUCAGUUUGUAAGUCAAUACGUUGGAUAAUUAAUUAGCCAUUCAGUAGAUUAGUAAGCUCGUCAGUAUGUCAUUCAAUCAGUUAAUUAUCAAGUUGUUAAGUAAACUAAUUGAGCAUCUGUUGAGUUCUGAGUUAGUCAUUUAUCAAGUCACUUGGCUUAUUAUGCGUUUGUUUAGGUGCUUAAUUGGUAUGCUAGUUAGCUAGUUAAUUUCCCUCGCUCAAACACGAGCACAUGAACUUUGAUUAGUUUGCAAGUUCAUCACUAGCUUGAAACCCAUAGGGGGAGUCUUUUAAAUGUGAUUGUACAGUAUUUUUCUUAAUUUUGUUUCUUAAAAAGUAAUCUUUCAAUUACUUCACAGAAUAGCUCUAACACUGAGCCAGAUACAGAACUCAUCGACGCUGAGAUCAGCCACUCCCCUGAAACUAGUACACCCGCAGUAAAUAGCCACGUGGGAGGGUGUGGUCACACACUUACUCAGCGAGUAGUGGUCUCUAACGGAGGCCAAGGAGCUACAGUGAUGUUAUUCGAUAACACGGGUGCAAUGCAUCAAGGCAAGAUUCAGGUCAAACCUAUAAAUAAAGACCCACCUAAAAAGAGGGAAAAAAUCAGCUCCCACUGGGUCGACAUAAUUUCCCGAAUUAUCUUCCCAGCCAGUUACGUUGCCUUCCUUGUUUUGUUUUGGCGUAAAUUUGUAGAUCAAGCACCACUCUAA